AUGGAGCCACUCUAUGAACGACUACUGAAAAAGCCAUUCCCUGAUAGUGUUUCUGCCAUAGAGUACUGCCGCAGUGUAUGUGCUGAGUUUGGAUUCACCGUCAAGCAGGAGGCAAGUGCAAAUAGGAACAUUUAUGUUUAUUGCUCUAGAGAAGGGCUGCCCGACUCUCAACGCAACCCAAAACCUUCGCCUCAACGCAAAAGACCGUCCAAACGAUGUGAUUGUCGAUGGCGUGUUGUCUUAUCAGAAAACGAGCAUGAAGAAUGGGAGUUUCGUAAAUCAAUGAACCCCAAUGCUUCUGAACACAAUCAUGAUAUGAUGUCGCCUGAAGAAAUGGUCAAAGCAUGGCCUCCUGAAGUCAAUGAAAUGAUUAUUCGGCUUGCUCGACAACGUCUACAAACACAUGAAAUACGUGAAGCUGUCAAACAACAUUUUCCUGAUAUCACUUGGAAUGAACGUCGUUUCUAUAAUCGCUUGACCGAGGAAAGAAAACGAAUUCGGCAACGUGGUGUGGUUGAAAGAGCACAGAGACUGUUGCUUUUGAGUGCACGUCUUUGUUCAAUUGUGGCUAAUCAUGAAGAAUGGGCAUUUACUGUUGAAAGUGAUUUGCAGCGCAUGUUUGAAAACUUUCGUCAAUUAGCACGAUUAGCACCAGAAAAUGUCAAUACACUUGUGGACCUUGAACCGGACAUGAUUCAAUUGGAUUAUCCUAGCAGCAACAAUAACAGCCCAGCAUCUUUGUUUGUAGCAAAUACGCAACGACUGUCAAUCACAAAUGAUUCUGAAGACGAUGUUACAGCCAUAAUGGCUUCACCUGCUAAAAAAAGAAGAUCAGUCAAAUCGAACACUGACACUACUGUCAUACACAACAGUAAAGGUAACACAGCCCCUGAAACUCAAAAAGGGAUCCAAAUGGUACAUGUACCGAGUUAUACAAUUCAAAUCAGAAGUUCUUCAGCUCUCCACCGGUCUCCUCCAUACGAAACAUCUGCUAAUUCAAUGAAGCGCCUUUAUGGUGAAUCAUCACCUUCUUCGUUUAUGGAUACUCAGCCUCCUCCUCCUCCUUUGCCUCCUCCACAAGCUUUCGGCUCGUCUUCUUCCUUCUUUUCAUUAGCUUCUCCUACUUCAUCUUCAUCUUCUACUUCUUCUAUGGCUUUUCAAUCACAAAGACAUACGAUUGUUACAAGAGGUAUUACUUCACCACAACAAUCUAUGCACUCACCCAAUGAAUUCAUCAUGUCUCAACAGCCUUAUCAAACACCUCAACCACAGCAAACUCAGCAGCAUGAAAGUUCCACCGGCAGCCAUGUAGGGUAUACAACAGGAUCAAAUGCGAAUGCUUCUGCUGCCACAAACAACAAUAAUGACACCGCUUAUCCUAUGUCUUUCCCUCCUUACACUAUUCCUACAUCUGCCUUUGCUACAACGCCACCUGAAUUACCCUUCUCAUUUGAAGCAAACUUUAUUCCUCAACAACAAAGAAGUGAUCGAUUGACGACGAAUCAAGAAUUCUUUAACCACAUCAAGGAAGACUCAACACAAGUUGAGCAGCAACAAUCAAAGACCAUGUUAAAUCAACAUGAAUAUGAACACCGUAUGCAUCGAAAUAACAAUUUCUCUCAACAACAACAACAAAAUUAUCCAUUGCCCAUGAUCCGUUCAGGAGACAAUAAUAGUUCAGUAGAAGAAAACCAUUGGUCUUAA